CACACACACACACACACACACACACACACACACACACACACACACAGAUCCUUUGCGGAAGAAGCCAGAGAGAGGAGCCGAGGCGGCGCUAAAUUAAAUUAGCAUCACUAACUAGUUAGCUGUUGGAUGGACGGGUGAAAGAGGAACUGAAACAACAACCACACCGUCUUUAAGUCCAGAGGCACGCCGGCUCAGAGAUCAUUUUGUCGGAUCUUUGCCUGCCGAGGAGAUGGGGGACAAGGCGGGCACCAGAGUUUUCAAGAAGUCGAGCCCCAACUGUAAGGUGACGGUGUACCUGGGAAAGAGAGACUUCGUGGAUCACCUGGACCACGUCGACGCUGUAGAUGGCGUGAUCCUCGUGGACCCGGAGUACCUGAAGGACAGGAAAGUCUUCGUCACGCUCACCUGUGCGUUUCGUUACGGCCGUGAAGAUCUUGAUGUUCUCGGUCUGUCGUUCAGGAAGGAUCUCUACAUCUCCACCUUCCAGGCGUUUCCCCCGGUGCCGGAGGAGAAGAAACCGAACAGCCGGCUGCAGGAGCGUCUGCUGAAGAAACUCGGGCAGCAUGCUCAUCCCUUUUACUUCACUAUCCCUCAGAACCUCCCAUGUUCAGUCACUUUACAGCCCGGCCCAGAGGACACUGGGAAGGCCUGCGGUGUCGACUUUGAGAUCAGAGCUUUCUGCGCCAAGUCAAUAGAAGAAAAGAUCCACAAGAGGAACUCGGUGCGUCUGGUGAUCAGGAAGGUUCAGUACGCUCCAGAGAAGCCUGGCCCUCAGCCGAUGGUGGAGACGACCCGCAGCUUCCUGAUGUCGGACAGAUCCCUGCACCUGGAGGCUUCUCUGGACAAGGAGCUUUACUACCACGGAGAGCCAAUCAGCGUCAACGUCCACGUCACCAACAACUCCACCAAGACCGUGAAGAGAGUCAAAAUAUCAGUGCGUCAGUACGCAGAUAUCUGUCUGUUCAGUACUGCUCAGUAUAAAUGUCCAGUCGCCCAGCUGGAGGCAGAUGACCAGGUGUCGUCCAGCUCCACCUUCUGUAAGGUCUACACUCUGACCCCAACGCUCGACAAGAACCGAGAGAAGAGAGGACUCGCUCUGGACGGGAAACUCAAACACGAAGACACCAACCUGGCCUCCUCCACCAUUGUGAAAGACGUCACCAACAAGGAGGUUUUGGGGAUCCUGGUUUCCUACAGAGUCAAAGUGAAGCUGGUGAUCUCACGUGGAGGGCUGCUGAGAGGCAUGUUGGACAGAGACGUUUCGGUGGAGCUGCCGUUCAUCUUAAUGCAUCCCAAACCUGUGGAGCCGCCGCUGUCCCGCCCGCAGUCUGCAGUGCCAGAGAUGGACCCCCCCAUCGACACCAACUUGAUAGAGUUCGACACAAACAGCAUCUCCCAGGACGACGACUUCGUCUUCGAGGAUUUCGCCCGCCUGCGACUCAAAGGCGCUGUCGAUGACAAAGACGAGGACUGCUAGGAACUGCUUCGCACACAUGCACACACACACACACACACUGUUCAUAUUACAUUCCCCGGUGGAGGAUGAGUGGACGGAGGUCGCCGGUGUUCUUCCCCUCCCCUCAUCUCGUCACGCCGCUGCCAUUUUUGUCGCCGUCUCUCUCUCUCUCUCUCUCUCUCUCGUUCUGCUGAAGGUUUGACAAACUGCUGCCGGACAGACCGUGUUGUUGCCGGGCGGAUCUGAGCUCUGACACGUGAAGAAGAAAAGGAAGAAGAAAUAUAGAAGAAGAAGAAGAAGAAGGAAAAAAAAAACACGUGUGUAGGGAGCUGCAGCGCUCGUAUGCUUUUAUUUUGAAAAUCCUUUUUCGAAUGUCGAUCACCGUCUUGUACAAACAGAAUAUAUAUUUGAAACAUAGAAAGAAAAAAAAAAAAUCUUCUACGAGCAUUUGAUCUGUGUUCAGUGGUGAUCGCCGCUUUGUCUUCAAGAUAACACUGCGAGGGGAACACACACACACACGCACACACACACACACACACACACAGGUCAGAUUUCACCAGCAUCUACUCUCGUCACCCUGUCGUCCAUUUUGUACAAAAUGUUUGUUCUGUCAGACGUUUCUUUUUAUUUUAUUUUGAAAGAACCAUUCCAGCGUCGACAGAGUUUCCUGGUUUUAUUUUGAAAAUCCAUUGUUAUUUUGGAUUUCAGUUUAACUUUUAAGUUCAGGAGUUCAUGACAAAUUGGUCUUAAGGAAAAUGCAAUUGUAUAUUAACAAGAAAUUUAACAUUUUCACUAAUUUUAAGUAGAAUUUGUCAUUUUUUGGACCUGAAUUUCAAAAUACAUGUUAACUCAAAAUCGCAUUAAAAAUAAAUACAAAAGUUAAUAUUUCAGCAAUGUCAUUUCCAGCAAACGUUUACAAAACAGGAGGAAAUUGUACUUUUGUUGAAUUAAAAUAAAAUAUGCACAUUAUUACCUUCACUGUGAUGGAAAGAUAGAAAAAGGAAAAUCAAGGAUUAACUCAGAAAAUUUUUAGAAAACAUGUUCUGGAAAAAUGUUUAAAAAAUACACGGUUGUUAAAAAAUUACAAAAUAAAGUUUUAUUUUACAAGAAACUUUAAAUAUUUUCAAAAUAAAAGCAGAACUAAUAUCAGUCUUUAUAAAAUAAAUGUUCAUUGUGAAAGAUUUAGUUCAAAUAAUUCCUUUUUAUUUAAAUGAGGGACACUUUUCUCAACAACUUGCUUCAUUUAAAAAAAGAAAAUAUACUUUUAUUUUGAAGGGUUAAAGGGACUCUGGCGACGCUGGAAUCGAUGUUUCUUUUUCGGUCAAAAACAAUUUAUAUGAGUUUUUUUUUUUUACCUUCACCAAGUGUAACUGAUCUGGGUUAACUAAAUAAACUCGUUAUUACACCUGAAGAAGAAAUGGAAAAGUGAGUCGCUCUAAUCUCAGUUUUUUUGUCAUGAAGCGCCAAAAAACUGAGAAUUACCGAUCUGGCUGCGGAGGACCGAAGCUGCCAGAAUACAAAGUAAAUAACAGAUUUGAUAAAUAAAUAAAUAUUCUUAAAAACAUUUACAAAAAUAACAGUGAAAAAUCCAGGCAUUAAUUAAGAGAGAAUAUUUUUAUUUAAAUGUCUUCAUAAUUUAUUACUCAUUUGUUUACUUUUACAUGCAUUCAUAUUAGGGGAUAAUAAUACAGACAUCAUUAAAUACAUAAAAAGGGAAAUAAAUUCAAUGUAAAAGUGAAUACAAAUAAUUAAAUUAAAAACAGGAAUAAACAUUUUCGACUUGAUAAUUAAUGCAUUAUUUUUGUUUUAUUUAAUGGUAUUUUAAUAUAUUUAUCAAAUCAUUAGAUAUUUAUUUGGCAGCUUUUUUCCUCCGUACUUUUCUACCGUUGUAUUGACCUAAUCCGAGCGAUCUGUCCCCGGCUGCUUGAAGGGAAACACUGCUGUUAUAACGUAUGAAUCCUCUCUGAUUGACCCGAAUGCACUUUGAUUAGAAAUAUGUUCAGGGUCUACUUUACGCGCCGUGCCUUCUGCCUCUGUUGCCAACACCUUUCCUCUCAAUGCCACUUUCUCAUCGUGACUUAAAAACAGAAUUUGCAGGACGCUCCUGCAAGUCAGACAAGAUGCCAACUAUCACAUAUAUGUAAUUAUAAAUAAAUACUAUUGUUUAUCACCUUUC